AUGGAAGAUUUUACCUAUUUUGAAAAACCUACUGGUAAAUAAUAAUACUGUAAAAAUCUUCAAUUAAAAAAUAAAACUUGUAAAAUUGUUAAUUAACUUGGCGGAAAGUUUAGUUAAGAAAAAUGGGCUUCUUGGAAUUUUAAGAAAAACACUGGAUAUAAACCUAUUUUUAGUUGUAAAGGAUAUGGAGGUGAUUGUGGAUGUGGUAAAAAUAGGGGAAAAGAAAUUAAAAAUUCAACUUAAUUUAUCUAAACCUAAGCCUAAUCUGGUUUAAGAGAAUGGAAAUUCACAUCUGAACAAAAUUGA